AUGGCGUCAGCAACCACUCAGUUUGCAGACAGGUUAAGUUUAUUACUGAGCAUUUUUUCUAUCCUAGUGAUAGCAGAAUUUGUUCUAGGAAAUUUUGCCAAUGUCUUCAUAGCCCUGGUGAACUGCGCUGACUGGGUCAAGAAACAAAAGAUCUCCUGCACAGAUGGAAUUCUCACUGCCCUGGCGGUCUCCAGGAUUGGUUUGCUCUGGGCAAUAACAUUAAAUUGGUAUGCAACUUUUAUUAAUCCAAAUUUCUAUUGUGCAGAAGUAAGAACUAUUGUCUAUUCUGCCUGGGUAGUAAGCAACCAUUUUAGCCUCUGGCUUGAUGCUAGCCUCAGUAUACUCUAUUUGCUCAAGAUAGCCAAUUUCUCCGGUCUAUUUUUUCUUCACUUAAAAUGGAAAGCUAAAAGAGUGGUUCUCAUGAUACUGUUGGGCACUGUGGUCUUCUUGGUUUUUCAUCUUGCAGUGGUCAGCUUAGAGGUAAAAAUGGGGAUGAAUGAAUAUGAAGGAAACAACACCUGGGUGACCAACUUGAGGGACAUUGUUAACCUCUCAAGUAAUACUGUAUUCACGAUUGUACAUGUCAUACCAUUUACCGUGUCCCUGACAGCAUUACUGCUGUUACUCCUUUCCCUGGGGAAACAUCUCAGGAAGAUGCAGCUCAGUGGCAAACGAUGCCAAGUUGCCAGCACCGAGGUCCACGUAAGAGCCAUGCAAACUGUGGUCUCCUUUCUCUUGCUAUUUUUUAUUUACUUGCUCACUCAGAUGGUCUCAAAGUGGAAUACUAAUUCUCUGCAGAACAAUUUAGGUGGCAUGAUUUUUCAGGUCCUUGGUCUCUUGUAUUCUUCAAGUCACUCAUUUAUCCUGAUUUGGGGGAAUAAGAAGCCAAGACAGGCCAUUCUGUCAUUUCUGUGGCAGCUGAGAUCCUGGCUGAAGGGAAGGAAGUAA